AUGCCUUCUCAUGGGGCUAUAUCAGAUGGACUCUCUUCGCUUUUUAAGCGCAAGAUGGCUAAAUGGAGUCCUCCUCCUUUUCCUUCAUUCAAACUUCAGUUUGACGGGGCUUCUAAGGGUAAUCCAGGGAGAUCUAGUGUUGGUGUAAUUAUUUUUUAUCAUUCUUCAAAGAUCAUCAAAGCAGUGGGAAAAUAUAUUGGUCAAGGCACUAAUAUUGUGGCUAAGUUCCAGGCUUUAUCCUUUGGAAUUGAUCUCGCUCUUUCAUUAAACAUUAAAGAUAUUGUUAUUGAAGGUGACUCAAUGCUGGUCUUUCAGGCGGUUAUUAGCAAAAAGUGUCUCUCUUGGCACUUGCAGUAUUUUUUAGAUCACAUUCUUCUAAAAUUAAGAGGUUUUUCCACUUUCUCUAUUUCUCACUGUUUCAGAGAGAUCAAUGUCUUUGCGGAUUUUCUAGCAAACAAGGCUAUUGUUGAGGGUGUUGAUUAUAUAGAAGUUUCUCCUUCGGAUAUUCCUGUUUCUUACAUGAAGCUUCUUUCUUAG